AUGAAUUCCAACUUCGGUCGGACGUUCCUUUUUCUAACAAACCUGGCCUGGAAGAGUCGGGUAACGCUUCCGGUGCUGAUCACGGCCGGGUUUAUGAUCCUAAACUUCCGCUGGGAAGUGGAGAUAAACAUUCACACCGAACGGAUCGCCAUCCCGAGAGACGGUCGAGGAGGACCGGGUGCAGGUAUGGAAGGUGGCGGUAGAAAUGUUGCCUUCAAUUAUCACCACGAUGAUGCGUGGGAAUCAACCGAUAGCGAUGAGGAUGAUGACGAUGACGAAGAUGAUGAGGAUGACGAUGAAGAGACCGAUUAUGAUGAAGAGGAUAUGAACGAGGGUGAAAUUUUUACGAUGAACUUGUAA